AGCGUUUGAUUUAGCGGGGCUGAUAAAGUCUAUGUAAUAUUGCCGCGAAAUGCACGGAGUGGGUGGAACCCGUGAGAGGAGCUAAGAUGCUACUGUUGGUGUCUUACGGUUGAGAGUUUUAACUUGCGCUUCCAUUCCAUUUUUUGUGUUCUGUUACUAAUAGCCACAGCAAAGGAAGACAAAUCCUGCUGCUUUCUGUUCGUGAUGUCCGAAGCCAUUUCCUGAACGUGGAGCAUGCAUUGUUUGGGUUAUUUAUUAUAUGGCAUCGUGGAGCACGAAUAACAUUUCGGAAGAAGUUCUGUGUUUGUUUUUAUAAAGUCUGUGUGUAAUCGGAUUCGGCAGGAAUGAACUUAACGGUGUCUAAUCCUGGUAUGUCUUUAAAGAGAGGGGUAAGACAAUGAGACGAAGUCUUGCACCCAGCCAGCUUGCUAAACGAAAACAAGGAAACUUAUCCGAUGAUGACACUGACUGGAAUCCAGACACUGCACAUAAGCGGAAAAAAAAUCCUUGUGCAGAUGAGAAGAGAGAGUGUUACUUGUCCCCUUAUCGGAAGCCACUGAUGCAGCUUACGAACAAACCUUUCUGCCUGGAUAGCAGUAAACAUGAAGCUUUUAUCCGCAGUAUAUUGUCAAAACCAUUUAAAGUACCCAUCCCAAACUACAAUGGAUCCCUGGGCUUGAAAGCACUGGGUGUCAAGCGUGCAGGUGCUAGACAUGCUCUCCAUGAUCCUUAUGAAGAAGGUGCGCUCGUUUUGUAUGAACCACCUCCUCUGAGUGCUCAUGACCUGAUCAAGGCAGACAAGGAGAAGCUGCCUGUGCAUGUUGUGGUUGACCCAGUCCUUAUCAGGGUGCUGCGGCCACAUCAGAGAGAGGGUGUCAAGUUUAUGUGGGAGUGUGUAACAGGCCGGCGGAUCCCUGAAAGCUUUGGCUGCAUAAUGGCAGAUGAAAUGGGUCUGGGAAAGACCCUCCAGUGUAUUACAUUGAUGUGGACCCUGUUGAGGCAGAGCCCAGAUGCAAAGCCAGAACUUGAGAAGGUAAUUGUGGUCGCUCCCUCUAGCUUGGUGAAGAACUGGUACAAUGAAGUUGGAAAAUGGCUUGGAGGUAGAAUACAUCCCUUAGCUAUUGAUGGAGGUUCCAAGGAUGAAAUAGACAAGAAAUUAGCUGGGUUUAUGAGUCAGCAUGGACUCAGAGUGCCAUCUCCUAUCUUAAUUAUUUCAUAUGAGACCUUCCGACUUCACGCAGAGGUUCUUCACAGGGGAAGUGCAGGCCUGGUCAUCUGUGAUGAGGGACACAGACUAAAGAAUUCAGACAAUCAGACUUAUCAAGCACUAAACACACUGAAUGCAAAGCGGCGUGUUCUCAUCUCUGGAACCCCAAUUCAAAAUGACUUGCUGGAAUACUUUAGCCUUGUACACUUUGUGAAUUCAGGUAUUCUUGGUACUGCACAAGAAUUUAAAAAACGAUUUGAAAUACCAAUUCUUAAAGGUCGAGAUGCAGAUGCCACUGAAGAUGACCGGCAACGUGGAGAAGAAAAACUGAAAGAAUUGAUUGGCAUUGUGAAUCGAUGUUUAAUCAGAAGAACAUCGGACAUUCUUUCAAAAUAUCUUCCUGUGAAAAUUGAGCAGGUGGUAUGUUGCAGGUUGACUUCUCUCCAAAUAGAAUUAUACAAAUGCUUUUUGAAGCAAGCCAAACCAGUGGAAGAGCUGAAGUCUGGAAAAAUCAGUGUAUCUUCUCUCUCUUCAAUAACAUCUCUGAAAAAGUUGUGUAAUCACCCGAGUCUUAUUUAUGAAAAGUGUGUGGAAGGUGAGGAAGGAUUUGAGGGUGCCAUUGACCUUUUUCCAGAAGGAUACAGCACAAAAUCUGUGGAGCCACAACUGUCUGGGAAAAUGCUGGUUUUGGAUUAUAUACUGGCCAUGACUAGAAGCACUAGUAAUGAUAAGGUUGUACUUGUAUCCAACUACACCCAAACACUAGACCUUUUUGAGAAACUUUGUCGGAAUAGGAGAUAUUUGUAUGUCAGACUGGAUGGCACAAUGUCAAUCAAAAAACGAGCAAAAAUAGUAGAGCGAUUUAACAACCUUUCUAGCCCAGAGUUCAUUUUCAUGCUAAGCAGUAAAGCAGGUGGAUGUGGACUGAAUCUGAUAGGUGCAAACCGGCUAGUGAUGUUUGACCCAGACUGGAAUCCAGCUAAUGAUGAGCAAGCAAUGGCUCGUGUGUGGAGAGAUGGGCAGAAAAAAACGUGUUAUAUCUAUAGACUUCUUUCAACUGGAACAAUAGAAGAAAAGAUCAUCCAGAGGCAAACCCAUAAGAAGGCUUUGAGCAGCUGUGUAGUAGAUGAAGAAGAGGAUGUAGAAAGACACUUUUCUGUUGGGGAGCUGAAAGAACUCUUCACUCUGAAUGAAACCACUUCUAGUGACACACAUGAUAAGUUCAGAUGCAGGCGGUGUGUGAAUGGUCAUCAAGUGCGGCCUCCACCAGAUGGCUCAGACUGUACAUCCGAUCUCUCUCAGUGGAAUCACUGCACAGACAAACGAGGGCUACAUGACUCCAUUCUUCAGGCAGCCUGGGGUACUGCAGUCACUUUUAUAUUUCACCAUCAUUCGCAUGAAGAGCAACGAGGAGUUGUGUGAACGUUGCCAUUAGACUGGAGCACUACAGAGAUUGAAGGCGUUCACUCACUUUAAUAGCAGUAUUGAAGAAAGAACUGAUUUCUUUGGGAUUUGCUUCAGUUACUGAUAUAAAACAGUCUUCCUUAGAAUAGAAGGAGAUUAUUUUUUCAAUUGCUGUAAGCUGGGUAGCUACCACACAGAAAAGAGAAUCUUCAUUGUUGGUAUAAAUGAACAUAGUUCAUUUCCAUUGAUGUACAGCUUGGGUUCUGUCUGUAUGUUCGUAUAAUUAGUCUGUGGUUUACACUAAAACAUUAUCGUGUUUCAUUUUUCUAAUGGUUUUUCUAACUACUGCCUACCACGAAGAUGAUGUAAUAAUAGCGUAAAGUUUGUCUUGAUUUAUUUUAUUUCCACAUUCUUUCAUAAAAUUUUGGUAUAGUAUUUUUCAGGUAGUUUGUAUCCUCUUGUAAGUCACUUGACUUCUGUGCCUCUCAGGUGAACAAUUCUAAUUAGAUAGACCAAUAUUAUGUUGAGAUACAGGGUUUGGAACAUUUUUUCUUGCAGAAGCUGUGUUCAGUGUGUCAGUCAGAUGUUUUGUCAUUCAUAAGAUGCAUUUUAGAUAAAUCAGUUACUCUUUGUGGCAUAUUUCACUGUUCAUGUGGUAUUAAGCAGCUUUCUUGUUUAAGACUUGUUUUGAUAUCACUGAAAAUGCGGAGUUUAAUUCUAAUGGUGGCAACAUAGAAUGAAAAUCAGUAUAUGUUCAAAUUCUGAUAAGACAAAAAUGAAACAUUGAACAUUGAUAGUCACUUUUUACAUUUAAUUUACAUUGUAUAAGCACAGACUGAUGCAUUUUCAUUGGAAGCAUUGCGGGCUUAGGAGGACAGUGUUAAGGAACUGAGAUGUGUGUGUGUGUGUGUGUGUGUGUGUGUGUGUGUGUG